AUGGCCUCGGACUUGGAGGUGCUGCUCCUCAUCCCAACCACUUCACACUCGGCUGCAAACCAUCCCCAAUCUGCGGUGAGUAAGCCAAUCCAAGCCAAGGAGGAGUGUACCAACACAGAAGCUGGACAACUAUGUUUAAGUGAGUCUAACCUUAGCUACACCUACCCAGGUUAUGUUGUCGUGGGUCUUGAAUUCCCUACAGAGGUUGCGGGUGCCCGCCAGCUGGGUGAUGACCUUCAUGCUGUCUGCAAGACUGACUUCAAGCGGGCAGCUGAUGAAGAAAUUUUGAUGGUGGAGAUGUCACCCAAGGCCCCACUUCCAGCUGGUGUUCUACUCCAGCCCAUGGUGGUUGAGCCAUGUGAUACGCCAGUCUCAUCAGCCGUGUUCCUGGUGUCUCCUGGUCCCCCUGGUUUACUCAAGUUCAUCCUGGGUCUCCAGGUUCCCCACAGUGUCAGCUGCAGCCACAUUAUUGCCUUUGCCACACUCUUGUACACAUAUGGGAACAACAACUUCAUUUAUUUUGAGUCUUUGCAAAGAAAUAAACAAUGUGCGUGCAGUUUCUGCAUCAGUAAUGAGGAUGAUGAUCCCUGGUUCACUGAGCGAUACAAGCCCUUCAUUGAACCAGUGCUGACCAGGAACAACAGUGCACUCAGCAAAGAGGUUUAUAGUUGGUGGCAGAGCCUACAGUUUGCAUCACACAGAGCCAACUACACAGCGGUGAUUGAGAAACUAUUCAAAAUCUUUCCAGACAAUCCACAAGUCAUGGACACAGAGCCUGAUCGCUGCAGGACCUGUGCUGUUGUGGGGAAUUCAGGAAAUCUCCUGGGAUCUCACUAUGGAAAGCUCAUAGACAUUCAUGAUUUUGUCUUCAGAAUGAAUAAGGGGCCAAUUAAGGGCUUUGAGACAGACGUGGGGACCAAAACUACUCAUCGUGUCAUCUAUCCUGAGAGUGCAGUGGAUGUGGAUAACUCCACUUAUGUAGUGCUGGCUGCCUUUAAGACUUUAGAUCUUCAGUGGCUCAUCAGUGCCUUUACCACUAAAGACAUCAAACGGACAUACAAAAAUGUUAGAACCACAAUACAGGCUAAUAAGAACAAGGUGAUGGUGCUCCAUCCUGCUUUUAUGAAAUAUGUUUAUGAGUUCUGGCUGCAGAAACAUGGUCGAUAUCCAUCAACUGGCUUCCUCAUUCUGGUGUUGGCUCUGCACGUCUGUGACGAGGUGAACGUGUUUGGGUUUGGAGCCGAUAAAAAUGGAAACUGGCAUCAUUAUUUUGAGAAAGUUCGAAAUAACGCUGGCGCACAGGAACAUGGGCGAAAUUUCGAGAAUGAGAUUGCAGAACAGCUCUUAACAAAAAAGAAAAUUCAGAUUUUCAGAGGCUGGUGA